UGUACGGAUGACGUGCGCCUGUGUUUUCGCUGUGAACUUUUGAAGAAUAUUCUUGAUAACAACAUAAAAUAAACACAAAUAAGUUAUUAAACUUUUAAGCGCUUAAUGUAAUAUGGUGAAAUUGGCACAAAAGUGCUAUACUUGUUAAUCCAUGAGUGAAAUCAGUUUAAAAUCUUUCAGGACAUUGUAAAGUGAUUGUUUGAUUAUAUCUGUUUCAAUGUGUUUUUAAUUGUCUAAUAUGUGCAAUGGUGAAGUGAGAAAAUACAGAAAUGGAUGACAAAUUAAAACAUCCAUUUAAAGUGAAAAAGAAGUUUAAAAAAUGGAUGUAAUUUCUGAUCUUGAACCUCUGAGUCCAGGUCUGAUAGACGAGUUGGAGGCUUACAUGGCGCCGGUUAGCGAAAAUUGCUACGCGCCGCAGCCUUUGGAUGCCCGCCGAAUUGGCGGGCACCAAUUGCCUGAUAGUCCGCCAGACUCGGGUUCAGAGAACCCGUAUAGUCCAGACACACAGGUCUCACAUACUAUUGCAGUCUCCCAGACGAUACUGGCUCCAGAUUAUAUGCUACUGCCCGAGCAUCUUAACAUUCAUGAGGUCCUCCAAAACGAAGAGUACAUAUACGAUGAAAUAAAGGACAAUAUAGAGCAGGAUGUUUUAAGAAAUGAUGUAGUGGUGAUGCAGGAGUCAGACUUAGGCUUGAGAAGCGUCAGACAUGAGCUUGGAUUGGAGCCAGUGUAUCAGAACAGGUACAACCAAAUGCGAGUAGACAUGCCGGAUAUAGAACCGGGUCUGAUGACGACACAGCUCGUGUCAUUAAGCCAUGAAGUCACACCAGUGUACACCAACCUACAAGAGCCGAAGAAGAGAAAACUUUCGCAGGAUGUUAAAUGUGAACCAGCGGCCCUCUCCCCGGAAAACAUAGUGCGUCCCCCGCCUUCAGUUGACGGUUCGGAGGCUGGCGAUGAUGUUCCACAGCAGAGUAUACGCUUCAGCCAUUUCCAACAGGCCUCGUGGCACGCUCUGUUUGAUAGUAAUUUGAAGCCGAUAACCCACAGCUUGCCCCCGUCCUACAUAGUGGGUGCCGAUAAAGGCUUUAACUAUUCCCAAAUAGACGAAGCCUUCGUCUGUCAGAAGAAGAACCACUUCCAGGUCACAUGCCAAAUGCAAGUGUCAGGAGACCCGCAGUAUACGAAGACUGUGGACGGAUAUAAGAAGAUUAACAGCUUUUGUUUACAUUUUUAUGGAGUCAAGGCUGAAGAUCCAAGUCAAGAAGUGCGGAUAGAACAGAGUCAAUCCGACAGAACAAAGAAGCCAUUUCAUCCCGUCCCUGUGGAACUCCGUCGCGAAGGCUCCAAAAUAACUGUCGGUCGACUGCAUUUUGCGGAAACGACGAAUAAUAACAUGCGUAAGAAGGGUCGUCCCAACCCUGACCAGAGGCACUUCCAGCUGGUGGUAGCACUCAAAGCUCACACGGCUGCCAGUGAAUAUAUUGUGGCUGCACAUGCGAGUGACAGGAUUAUUGUACGGGCAUCAAAUCCCGGCCAAUUCGAGUCCGACUGUUCAGAGAAUUGGUGGCAGCGAGGUGUUUCGGAGAACAGCGUGCAUUUUAAUGGUCGUGUUGGGAUUAACACGGACAGACCGGACGAGAGCUGUGUUAUUAAUGGUAACCUGAAAGUGAUGGGUCAUAUAGUGCAUCCGUCAGACGCACGCGCAAAACAUGAUAUUGAGGAAUUGGACACUGCGCAACAGUUGAAGAAUGUUCAGAACAUACGCGUCGUGAAAUUCAACUACGACCCAUCGUUUGCGGAACAUUCAGGUCUAGUGGGCUGGGAUCCACGUACCACUUCACGUGACACGGGUGUGCUGGCACAGGAAGUUAGGAAAGUGUUACCCGAUGCCGUGAAAGAGGCCGGCGAUGUUACAUUACCGAACGGAGAUACGAUUCCCAAGUUUUUGGUUGUUAACAAGGAUCGUAUCUUCAUGGAAAACUUAGGUGCUGUCAAGGAGCUGUGCAAGGUGACGGGGCACCUGGAGUCACGGAUAGAUCAGCUCGAGAAGAUGAACAGACGACUCUGCAAGAUUGGUCUGCAGCGGAGAGACAGUGCGAGGUCCAGUGCUAGUAACGACUCCCGUUUCUCAGGACUCUCGGCAUCCUCGAAAUCAUUAUACAGCGACGGCAAUAUUUCCAUUGACCAAAUACGUGAUAUCGCUCGUUCUAUCCGCCGACACGAGGGUUGCCAUAAACUCAGUCACAACUCCCCGAAAUACACCCGAAAACAGUGCAAAAAUUGUCAAGUUUACUCGAAAUAUGGAAAAUAUUAUAACUAUAAUAAAACAUGUGUUAGAUAUCAUUCUAAAUCGGAGAAAUCUGACAAUUUGGACAGCAAUUAUCCAACGUAUGUGAGUACGUUGGAAACUCCACAAAAAAUGCCAGACGAAAUAAGUACGAGGAAAGAGUCGUGUCUAUGGAUGAGAGAUGUCGCUUAUGGCAACAUGUGUUGCGGAAAAAAGUAUGGAUAUGAUGGCAAUGAACUGAUUUCGAAUAAACUGCUUCAAAUUGUAAUAACUAUAUUGGUGUUUAUUAUGGCUGUGUGUCUCGUCGUAAUGUCAGCUCUAUACUUCCGGGAGCAUCAAGAACUAUUGUCUAUGAAGGAGAUACGGAUGCACGAGAAAUUUUCGAACUACCCACAUUAUGGAAAGUUUAAUUUUAACAAUGCACCCGUACAUAGAGCUACCCCGCCUGAUCAAAACCAAAUACAGAAUUCAAAACCUCAACAUGCAGCUACGAAGAAAACAGCGAAGGAGAAAGGCCCUCACAAGAACCCGGAGUUUACAUCGAUAGAUCCGCCACUCCCGACUUUGACCACUCUACAUGCAUCUAGGAACUAUGUUAAAAAUGUCUUACACAUGGAACAGACUACGACGACCCCUCGUUGGGAGGGACCCAUUUCCAUCAGUCGCAUCGCAGACGUCAUUGGAGGAGGAUGUGCCUUCACUAUCAACACAGACAAUGAGUUGGAUGCGGAGUGUCAGUCGUCGUGCCUAGACGCCCCACAGAACUAUGAAAGUCAAGAAACUUUGGAGCGUGGAAUACCCGAUAGAGUAAUCAAUGAAACAUACUCUAGACCACUAGAACCUAUUAUCAAAGAGAAAAUAAUCACACCGGUCAUUGCUGAUAAAAACACAUCGGAGAUAAAAGAGGAGAUGAAGAAACAUUUAAAAGAGAUUAUAGCGGAGUCGAACUUCUUAGACGCCAAGAAUAUUAGUGAGGGAAGAAUGAAGAGAGAAGUCGAAGUGGGGGAGGAGGGAGAAGGAAUUCUGAAGAGCAGUUCCGAGGAGAUGAUAUUAAGUCAAUCGGACGAGAUUGGACGAGAAUGCGACACGAUAUCAGUGGGAAUAAGCAGUAAAUCGAUUUCAAAUGUAACCGUAUUCUCUGAGUCAGUUUGCGCACGCGCACCACACAACUAUACAUACUCUAUCCCGCUCUCUCAUUGUUUGCAUCAUAAGCACGUGGAUAUAUUAUUCAGAUCGUCAAAACUCCGCGAUCUCCGUCUAUGCGAUCUCCAAUGCAAGUACGACACAAACAAGAACUGUCAACUUAACAAAGACAUAGCAAAGCCUCUUCCGAGCAUGGAUGUGUGGAAUUCCAAGCUCACACUUGAGUGUAACAUGGACCGGACGCUGAAGCUACGAGGCAGUUUUGUCCCUAUCAAGGAAUUAUGCUACUUGAAAUCAGAGAGCAAAAUACAGUUCGUCGAAUUCAACAUACACAUUUACAGAGAUUGCCAUAAUUAAAAAUAAAUGGUAGAUAUAGUGAAAUACAUUCCCAAAAGUGCAAUUAUAUUAUUGUCCGUCCUAGACAUUAUUUUAUAUAUAAUGGGAAAUAGAUUUAUAUAUAGGAUAAGAAAUACUCCCGGUUAUCAGUAUCCACGCGUUACGUUUAUUGUAUGGAUUUUUUCUAGUGUUGCCAGUUUUUAUUACUAAAUAACUUCAACUGAUUACGUUCCUCAAAUUUUAGGUAUUAGAUAAAAUUAUUUUCUUUUUGGACUAAUCUAGUUUUAUAUCAUUCAUUUUUUAUUCGUUUCUUCUGUCAACCGACCAAUGGUUGCAAAUGAACUAAAAAACACGGAUUACCUUAGUAAACAAGAAACAAUUAAUUCCUUUAAAAUAAAUGCUAAUCUUAUUUUCACAGGAUUGUGAGUCAGUUAUUAUUUUUCAUAUACAAAAAAAUCAGACCUGUUUGUGUUUGCCCCAUUGCCUUUUACGAGACAUCACUUGUUAAAUUUAAGUUAGAUAUAAUCAUUAUUUUUGGUACCUGUAUUUCUAAUUUAUAUUUUUAGAUUUUGUUUUUAC